CCACCUCUUUCAUCCGUCCCGUCUGCCAAAGAAGCCUCUUAUAUCUUGCACGGAAUUGUCUCAUUCACAUUGACAUGCCCCCCCUCAACAAGUUUGCCCCUGGCCUUGCCCUCCGCCUCCGCCCCCAGCUUGCAUCACCCCGAGCUACUCGUCUCGCGCGCCAUCUCACCCAGCAUGCUCCCCAUCCCCACACUCACCAAGCCCACCACGCCCCCUCUCAAGGACCGUCUUUGUUUAGAAAGUGGGGAACCAGACUCCUCAUCGCCCUUGCCUUGCCGGUAGUCUAUGUCGCCGGUGCCGCCUUUCCCCCUUCCCUCGUGCUCAUGAUCCUCCCACGCUAUGCUCCUCCUGCGCCUGUGAAAGACAGUCCUAGUGGCAGAGCCCAUACGGACGAUGUGGAAAGGAGUCUGCAAGAGCUCGAGGUGGUUCAGAAUAUGAGAUAUGAGAUCAAGAAGGGUGCUGAUUGGUACGAGACACGACCGUACGACAAUUACGACCCCCAAAAGAUCCACAACUCUCUUACUGCUGGCUCUCUGCGCGGACCCGGUAAACUCGCCGUGCCCCCUAUCGUGUUUGCCAAACAUGACGAGUCUGAAGCCAUCGCCAUUAUCCACCUUGGGAGGUCGCUCUGUGGCCACGACGGCAUCGUCCACGGCGGCUUGCUCGCCACGGUCCUCGAUGAAACGCUCGGCCGCAACGCCUUGCUCAACCUACCAUCCCGCAUCGGCGUUACCGCCAACCUCAACCUCAACUACCGAUCUCCCUGUAUGGCCGACCAAUUUGUAAUCGUGAGAACGAGCCUCAAAGAGCUGAAGGGGAGAAAGGCCGUUGUAGAGGCCAAGAUGGAGACCUUGCACGGGGACAGGGUUGUUGAUGCCACGUAAGACUGUCAUGAUUGCAUGAGAGGAAGCUGACCUGCUUCAAAGUGCAUUGUUCAUUGAACCCAAAUGGGCACAGUUCUUGGCCUCUUCGGGCGUCACAGAAGCUAUGGGACGUCCAAUCCCCCAACCAGCCAACACCCCCGCAUUGAUGGAUGGUGAGACUGAGAGGAUCAUAUAAACGAGAUAAAUGUGGCUCCCGUGGUGAUCAGUCGAGGAAAGGAAAGACAGAACGGCCGACAAAGAUGUCGGUGGCUGAAGCAGAAAUGUACUCAUAGAUGUUUACAUCAUGCCCUUACAACAUGCUUUCUUCUAUUUUCCCGCUCACAUAAAGCACAGAUGGCUUCUUUAGACGCCUAGACCCCAUUGCACUCCCAUACAUGACGCAUACAGUGGUACAUCUUCAUCAUCAA